AUGGCCACGGUACCGAACGCUGCAAAUAAUAGCAUGCCUGGGUCGUGUGUAUGUGCCAGGGUUUGCCUGGCGCCACGGGAAGUCAAGGAAUCCAAGGAAUCCAGGCGAUUCAAGGAAUCGAAGGCAGCACUGGGCCAACGGUUUGUGACUAAGACACCAAACAGCACUGGAGACAGUGCUAAGAUGAGUAGGGGUUGCCUGGCGCCACCGGAAGUCAAGGAGUUCAAGGAGUUCAAGGUAUCCAGGGGAUCGCAGGGUGAGUCACGUGCAGUCGUGUUCAUGGUCAUUGAUUCUCAUGUGAUCGUUCACUCCCCCGGCCCGAAGCAUGUGACAGUGGUCUCGAAACUUCGACACCUGAGGCACACAUAUUUUGGAACCACGGGCGCCUCCGGUGUACCUGGCGAGAGUGGAGCACCUGGAAUUAGUGGACGGGUUGGCGAGACUGGUCCGUCCGGCAUGAGUGGUCAGAUUGGCCCUACUGGGUAA